AUGGUGUUGCUAGGGCUCAAGUUUGUGUUUGCCAGGGUCCGUCGCACACGCAAACAAACCAGUGCGAUGGAAGUCAUUGUGAUUGUGGAUCCGGUCAGCACGGGAGCUCGGAUGGCAGAAGUUGCAUCGUCUCGUGGUUUUCGGGUGGUCUCUCUGUGGAGUAAAGAAUGCACACCACAGAUUCGGGGAGCCCUGGCAGGGAUUCGUGAUGGCUACGAAGCAGUGGAAGAGCAAGCUUCCAUUGCAGCGACCGUCGAGGCCAUCCAAGAUCAGCUGCGUCGCACUAGCCCAAGCUCUGCCACAGUACUGAGCGCUUGCAUCCCCGGAAACGAAACAGGGGUAAAGUUAGCCGACCUCAUUUCUCUACACUUGGGGCUUUUGCCCCAUGGCUCGGGGAACGCAACCUUUGCGGGCGGCGACCGUCGGAACAAACACGUGCAGCAGAAGGCACUGGAGAAGUCUGGGCUAAGGGCGGUUCGUGAAGUGUGUGGCUCCAAGUGGCAGGAUGUGAAGGAUUUCUUGGGGGAUCUAGGGCUUCCAAUGGUGGUGAAACCAGUGCAGUCCGGUGGCACUGACGGAGUAAAGCUUUGCCAGUCACUGGAGGAAGCAGAGGAACACUUUAGUCACCUGAACGCCACGAAAAGGAGAGUGGACUCCCCCGACACUGCGAUUUUGUGUCAGGAAUUUCUUGCUGGUCAGGAGUAUGCUGUAGACCACGUCUCAAGAAACGGAGUGCACAAGACUGUGAUGACUUGGGUCUACGAGAAGAAAGCUUUGAAUGGCAGUACUUUCGUCUAUUUGGCCGCGCGACCCCUCGAGACGAAGGAGUGUCCGCCGGAGAUGAUCUCAUAUACUCGUGCAGUGCUCGAUGCAUUGCAGGUUCGCAAUGGC